GCAAAUACGCACUAAUAACAGCAGCUACAAAACACGUCAAAUUUUGAAACUUUUAGACUAAAGAGUAAAGGCAAGAUUGGUGAAAUUGGGGUCCCCUGUCCACUUCCUCUGCUCGUUGCCUGUCCAAAUUCACCAAAAAUUUCCUAUUUUUUCUCCUCUCAAGAAGAGUUGGGUCGGGUACUGGAUCGUGAGAAAACUCGCAAGAUGCAGCAGUGGUUUUCAGCGGUUACCGUCGGCGCCAAUGCCAAUAAUCAGCAAACGGCGUCGUCGUCGUCGUCUUCGCCGUCUUUAUUGUCAGAUUGGAACUCAUAUGCAGCUGCUAGAGCCUCCGAAGAUAGCAGCUCCCUCCUUCCUGGUUUUGAUCUCGAAUCCGCCGUCAGGUCCGCCAACGACACCGUUUCCGGCACUUUUAACGUGGUUUCAAAGGGAGUUAGAGAACUGCCUGGAAAUUUUCAAACGGCAACUAGCAAUAUCCCAUCUGGAAAAUCUCUGUUGUAUUUCAGUUUACUGCUGGCAACUGGAGUGUUCUUUGUUUUCAUGUCAUUUACGCUAUUCCUUCCAGUCAUUGUAUUGGUACCCCAGAAAUUUGCUAUCUGCUUUACUCUCGGAUGUGGUCUUAUAAUUGGAUCCUUCUUCGCCCUUAGAGGCCCAAAGAAUCAGUUUUCUCACAUGUCAUCAAAAGAGAGACUUCCUUUCACAUUGGGGUUCAUAGGCAGCAUGAUGGGUACCAUAUAUGUUUCCAUGGUGCUUCACAGCUAUAUCCUCUCUGUUGUCUUUUCUGUGCUACAAGUUUUAGCGUUAUCAUAUUAUGCUAUUUCCUACUUUCCUGGUGGAUCUACUGGACUAAAGUUCAUCUCAUCAUCCCUGACCUCUUCACUAUUAAAAUGCUUCGGCAGAUAAUAGGAGUUAAUGACAACAAAAUGCAGGUAUUCUCAGUCGUUAUACACUUUCCAAGUCAAAGAUGGUAACCGAAUGCAGCAUAUGUACUAUACUUUGGCAUGGAAACUCGGCUGGUUGAGAGAGAGAGCGAAAGGAUGUGAUUUCGUUUUGGAGCCAUUAUUAAUCUGAUACUUGGCUUAAACUAUGUACGUUUAUCAAAUGAUUACUUUUCCUUCCAAGUGAACAGUAUCAUCUUGGGUUGGGAGGGAAGGGGGAGGGUGUAUAAGGAGGAGGUCCUGGAUUUAAGAUCUCCCACUUUAAAAAAAAAAAAAAGAAAGUAUCAUCAAUAUUGGAGCGUCAGUAACAUAGUUAAGCUGUGGUCAUGAGGCUUUUGGUGUGGCAUUCAGUGUUCUUGUUUUGGGGUGAACCUAUUUUGUUUCUUUAGUAUAUCAAACAUCACAAAAGGAUUUGGUUUGCGGAGUUGUUUUGCAACAAUUAGAGAAGUAAACAAGGGCGGAUAUUACGUACAUUUGCAUUUCUUUCUUUCUUCUUUUUGUAACCAUUGAUGCAUUUACCAUGCCAAAAGGAUGCUCAUGAAGUAGUAGGUAGUGGCAGGACAUGAGGCAGCAGGCAAAGUCAGUUGGAGCAUGUCCUAGUUCAAUACAACAGUACAAGUGCUCAUAUUGUGGGUUUGGAAACUUUGUACAAAUUGCCUGAGAGAGUUUAGCUUUAAAUUCUGCUAUUUUUCAGUGAUAAGUAAUCUGUUAAGCGUUUAAUAGA